AUGGCUGCACACGGUCCCGAACUCACCCUGGUCCUUCUUGGACAGUCGUCAGGGAGUCAGACUAAGCUCUUUAAACGUAUGGGAGGGUCGCUCAACACCACAGUCUUUGUAGCACAGAUGAGGGGUCCAACAACUGGCCUUGCCCCGAACCCCACUCCUGCGGAGAGCCUUGGGGCUGCGCCCCAAACCCUGCUCCAUCAAUCAUACACAGGAAUUGUCAUAUCCGUGCAUACCCGACCCGACUUCCGGACCUCCACCCUCUUCACCUCCGGAGUCAUAACCUACCGUUGCCGUUCCGAUACUCACCUUCGGUCCUGGCAAACACACCUCCCCCUUACCUCUCCGACCCUAUCUCCGUCCGCUCCGAUAUUCAUCCCGGACCGAACAUCGCCCCACUCACCACCCUCCUACUACUCCGCUCCCCCUUCACAACACCUCCACCCUCCUGCCACCCUCCUACGCUUCCCCCGUCCGCUCCGAUACUCACCUUCGGACCUGACUACUCUCCUUUCCGCCACUCCUUCUCCCCUUACCUGUCCCCUCUCUCCUCCCUCCGUUACUCCUCCGCCACCCUUCCGCCAAGUUACGACCUUCCACCGCUGUCCCGUACUUCGCACUCAGACACCGCUCAUACCUUACUCCGAGCCUCCGUCAUAG